UGAUGUGUAGGACGAUCCAAGGACGAGAAAACCUAUAUAUUGGUGACACCGUCACAUGACAACUUCAUCCGUGCUGUGUUUUUUUUUUUGGCGUGGACCAAAUCACAGACUUCAUUCAUCCCGCCGUUUUUUGCCCCCCACUCCGGGGCAAGUCAGCGUCUGUCAGCCGAUCUCAGGCCAUUGUUCUGCACUGAAGGAGGAUACACCCGGUACACGUUCCAGUCAGAAGGAAAAGACGGGCGAUGCCGUGCUCCCAGCUAAAGGUGCUGCUGGUGGCUCUGUCGGUCUCGGUGUUGCCGGCCAGGGUCAGCGGCGCUCCAUACAGAGACGUGCUGACUGACAUGCUCAGGGCAGACUCAACCAAGUGCAACGAGGACCUUUCUCGCAUCCUCCUGCUGAAGAUGAUGUCAGACCAGAUGACCACAACCACGAGGCGGAACAAGGUGCUACCCGACCUGGAGGAGGAGCUUGGCAUCAGGGAGGAGGUGGUCCGCCAGCUACCCCUAACCCAUCGGGAACGCAAGGCAGGAUGCCGGAACUUCUUCUGGAAGACCUUUACAUCAUGUUAGCGCGCUUCCUCACCAGCAUGAACAGCUCUCUUCUUUGUCUUGGGUUACGUGAGAAAACAUUCAGAACCUCUUGCAAUAUCCCACAUGUAAAUGAUAGCUAUAUUGCACUGUUAUUAUCAAUUAAAAGGCCUA